AUCGCCUAGACAGUGCGGUGAGAACCGCCCCUGCGCGCCACAGGAUAACCGGAGCUGCGGAGCCGACGUUACCUCCACCCACUGGGCCGCGGCGUCCCCUUCGGCGGGGCGUACUUGCAGCCGGGCGUGCAGGCACUGCUGCAGGAGGGCCCGGGCCUGAGGUGGCCGGCCACUUUCAGCCAUGGCUCAGGCCCGCGCGGAUAUCCCCCAGGUUCCAGCCACGCGCCACAAAGGCCCGCCCCCGGCGCUCAGGGAGCAUUGGACAGGGCGCGACGCGGCGGAGUUCUCUGGUGCUGAGAGUGAGACCCUAAAACAAAGAAGAACACAAAUCAUGUCUCGAGGACUUCCAAAGCAGAAACCAAUAGACGGUGUUAAACAAGUUAUAGUUGUGGCUUCUGGAAAGGGUGGAGUUGGAAAGUCUACUACAGCAGUGAACCUUGCACUUGCUUUAUCAGCGAAUGAUUCGGUUUCACAAAUUCACACUGUUCUGCAGUCUCACAAAAGUCCUUCAAAGGCCGUUGGUUUGCUAGAUGUGGAUGUGUAUGGCCCUUCUAUUCCGAAGAUGAUGAAUCUGAAAGGAGACCCAGAAUUAUCACAGAGUAACUUAAUGCGGCCUCUUUUGAAUUAUGGUAUUGCUUGUAUGUCCAUGGGCUUCCUGAUUGAAGAGACUGCACCCAUUGUUUGGAGAGGCCUUAUGGUAAUGUCAGCCAUUGAGAAACUGUUGAGGCAGGUAGAUUGGGGUCAACUGGACUAUUUAGUUGUUGACAUGCCACCAGGAACUGGAGAUGUGCAGUUAUCAGUCUCACAGAAUAUUCCUAUUUCAGGAGCUGUGAUUAUCUCCACGCCCCAGGACAUUGCAUUGAUGGAUGCACGUAAGGGAGCUGAGAUGUUUCGAAAAGUCCACGUGCCUGUUCUGGGCCUUGUCCAAAAUAUGAGUGUUUUCCAGUGUCCAAAAUGUAAACACAAAACUCAUAUUUUUGGUGCUGAUGGUGCAAGGAGACUAGCACGGACCCUUGAUCUUGAUAUUCUAGGAGACAUUCCCUUACAUCUUAAUAUACGGGAAGCUUCAGAUACAGGCCAGCCGAUUGUGUUUUCACAGCCUGAAAGUGAUGAGGCCAGAGCCUACCUGAGGAUUGCUACCGAAGUGGUAAGAAGAUUGCCACCACCUCCAGAGUGAUUCCCCAAGUGUCUUGGAAAUCCGCCUGGUGCUUGACAGUAAGACCUUUGGAAAUCAGCAGUGUGGUGGUGAAAUCUACAGAAAUAAUAGCAAUCAUAGUUGUUUUCUUGUAUUUCUAAAGAAAUAAUGUCUUAUCUUCAAAUUUGAUUUCCUAAACAAUGAUUUAACAAAGUUUUUACAUACCGAUGCUUACUGCUACAUUUAGGAAUUGUAUUGCAAGCUGUUGUGUACCAGCUUCACAGAACUGCAUUUUAUUUUAUUGAACUACCCCUUAAGGAAUCACGAGUUUAUAUUACAAGCCCAACCUUCAGUUCAGGAGAGAACUGUGAUCUUUUUGCAGGACUACAGAGUUAAAGAAUUUACUGAAUGGCCAACUUGUGAAGUUCAAAAACAACAACAAAAUACUGGAGAGUUUCAAUUUUGCUUAGGAUGGAGAAGACUGGAAAGAACAUCGUACCCACCCUUACAAUAAGAAAAAACUGUAUGAUCUACAAAAUCAUAACUUUUAAUUAAACUGACCAGAGAACCUAAGUUACAGUGCAACGUAGUAGCCUGAAAUGUAAGGAAAGACAGAGCCCUCCAAGGAGAGACAGGGUGUAAGGAUUUCCCCAUCUUUGGCAGAGCACAAACGAAAGACAUCAAGCUCCCUACAAACAGAUGGAAGACUAUACAGAUACAUUGUAAACCACCAUGAGAAUGUGCUAUUAGGCUGUCUUUUCGGAUGAAGAGCCUUGUUAAAUAAAUUGUGGAACAUCCCUAUAGUGGAGUAUCAUGCAGCUUAUGAAAGAGAAUAAAGGCACCUCCAUAUGUUCUGAAAUGGAAUGAUCCCUGGGUUAUGUUGUUAAAAAGUACGUGGAAAGCUACAACCUGCAUUAAAACAUACACACAUGCAUACGUGUUUGUGCAUGUAUGUGUCAGCUAUCUCUGUCAGAUGAGCUUACCUGUUACAACACAGUGGAAUCGUGGAUUUUGAGCAUGAACCACCUCAACUUGCUGCUCUGCUCCCUGUCUGAACCACCUGAACGAUCUUGGCUUGCCCAAUAACAGAAUCCUGGGAGCAGGCCAUAUGACCUUUAGAGUUUCCCGCAAUCUGGCAUCAUCCAGUCCAUUCAGAGCCUGAAUAGAACAAAAAGGCAGAGGAAGGACAACUUUGCUCUCUGCUUAAGCUGAGACACCCAUCUUCUCCUGCCCUCAGACGUUGGAGCUCCUGAUUCGUAGGCUUUGGGACUCAGACUCGGACUUAUACCAUCGGUCCCCAGAUUCUCAGGCCUUCAGACUCACGCUGGGUUAUACCACUGGCUUUUCUGUUCUCCAGCUUGCAGAUGGCAGAUCGUGGGACUUCUCGGCCUCCACAAUCUCAUUCUUCUGUGGUGUCAGCGUUUUGAAUUCCAACAAAAUUCAACAUUUCUGGGUAUUGCGUGCUAAAUGAGAAGGAUUCUCUCUUGGGCCCUGGGAAUGUAAAAGAUGAAUCAGACAUGUUCUCUGCUUUUGAGGCUCACAGCUGUGCCUGGGAGACUGACUCUUGGAAAACCAGGAUGUAAAAUAAUAAACACCACCAUAGAGGUAUGUUUACGUGCUAUCGGAAUCAGGAAAAGGGGUAGCUGAUUUCACCCAGGCAUAGGGGUAUGGUGGUGGUGAGAGAAGGCGGAGACUGGCAGCUCCAGGGAAAGCUUCAGAGAAAAGGGGUCAGGUGAGUGGGCCUUAAGGAGAAAUGGGCAUUUGCCAGGUGGUGAUGAGGUGGGGAACAGAAUUCCUAGGAGAGAACAGCAUAUACGUGGUCACAAAAGUGUGAAAGAGAAUGGAGAAAAUGCAGCGUGUUGAGGCCUUAGUGGAAGGAUGGUGGAGGGGACGGUAUCAGCAUCUAGAAGGCCUGAUAUACCAGGCUAAGAAGUUGGAGCUUAACUCACAGGUAGAAAGAAAGCAAUUUAGAUUUUUAAGCAGGAAAGUAAAAUAAUCAGAUUUAUAUGGGGACAGAACUCUAAUGGCAGUAUGGAAGAUGGAUAAAUGUAGACAAACUUCAACCAGGGAUACCAGUUAAGUGAAUUGACUGAAUACUUCACUAUUAAGCUUUCAUUCAUAAGAUUUGAGAAACCAAGUUAAUCCACAGCAAAUUGAAGGCAGAUAAUACAUUUGAAGAUUUUCACCAGGGAAAAUGUUCAUGACUUGUCCUAUUUUCAUACUCUGAGUGCUGGCUCCAACCACAGUUUCUUCCUUUCUAUACAAGGAAGCAUGAAACAUUUUCUUACACCAGGACACCAUGUUUGUAUGAUAUAUUCCCACUGCCAAAGACAUAGAUGAUUGAGUCAGAGAUUCACUGUAGGCACCAUAAAGAGCCAUUGAUAGCCUAGGUGGACUGGCUCUGGGUUCUGACCAGUGAUGGGUGCCCUUUAUUGGGUAAGGGCUACCCAACAGAUCCUCUCAGGGUGUAUGAACACAGACAUAGACAGAGGCUUGCAGAAAACACAAUGGUAAAGAAGCCAAGAUACAUAGAGAACAGCUCACACAAGUAGUGAGGAAGAAGAAACCAGGAGGUGCUGAGAAGAACAGAGAGACCAUCAGAAGCAGCAGGAAAGAAAGAUGCGGGACCAGUGAGGAGGUGAGUCUUGUGGGUGGGGCAGCCAAAGUCCCUCCUGAGAGGUACUCCUGAGCUUCCAGGAAUACUGCCCCCAAUUCGAGUCCUUUUCAUCACCUAUGUGAUGUUCUAGCUCAGGUUUUUUCCUGCUGUUUCUUGUUUCCUUGUAUCUCUUUAAAAAAUUCAAAUUAACUGAAAAAACUUGUAUAUGUCUCUGUUUCUUUCAAACCGAAGGAAACUUUCACAUCUCACUGAGUGAGAUGGUGGCAUUUCUUCACAGUUCAUAAUGCAAACACCGUUUGCUGAUGGCUCACUAAGUGCUGGGCACUGUGACGGGAGUUGUGCGUGCAUGAUCUUGCUUGAACCCCAUGACAAAUCUGUGAGACAGAUUCUUCCAUUAUCCCCAUUUUACAGAGGAGGAAAGCAUCUCAAAGGUGACAUAACGUGCCCCUGUCUACAUGGCUAGUGAGUGGUAGAACUGGGGCCUGGAUUCAGGUCCGUUGGGCUCUAGAACUGGCAUUCUUGACAACUGUACCUUUGUGGCAGAGAUGGCUGGCUGCUCCCGCCAAUUUAUAUUCCACAUUUCCUAACCUCCUUGUCCGGGGGCGGGAGCCAUGUGACUCGUUCUUGCCAGUGGAGUAUGAACUUUGGUUUUGAGUGUCACCUGUGGGCAGAGAGAGCCUUCUGCACACUCUCCUCUUCUGCCAGCUGAAUGCAGAUGACAGACGGGGCUCCAGGGAACAACAGAGCCACGGUGUGGAAGAGCCCAGGUCCCUAAGUCAUAAUAUGGAAGAAAAUUGCUGAACUGAAACCCUUGUAUUGUAUUAUUGCAUAAGCAGGAAAUAAACUGAGACUUUGGGGUCUGUUUGUUUCCACAGUCUAACAGCCACACUGCCUCGCCUUCUUGCCUUAGGGGUCAAGAGCAGGGCAGUAAGCUUAAAGCUUGAACCUCUCGUGCCCUGGUAGGUUAACCAGCGUUGCUAAAGGAGCAUGGUAACCACCUCAGAUUGCACUGCUUUCCCACACCAAGAGUAGCUCCCUCUUUUUAUUCAGCAUAACAGGAAAACCAGAAGGUGUCAAAAACACAGAGUAUGUUUUUAAACACAUUGUUCUUAUGACUUCUCAAAAUCCUUGAAAACUCAGGAAGAAAAAAACAACAGGGCUUUGAGCCUUGGAGCACCUCUCAUCUUUCAGAGGCCUCCACUCUAGUCCAACUUAUAUUUAGAUGUCACUCCCUCUUUUACACUUCCGCCUGCUAGAUCGCAGCCACCUUUGGUGUGAAACCUGGCUCACAAGAGACGACACAGCUCUUUUCGAUAGUAAGCAAAAGAGUACCGGACCUUGGGGACUU